AAUUCGUGCGCAAUGCCUAGCGGAAGGUACCCUCUUCGAGGAUCCCAUGUUUUCCGCCUCGGAUUUCUCGAUCUACACUACCCGGCCGCCGGCGAAUCGUGGGAAAUCGGGAAUUAAAUGGAAACGCCCGAAGGAUAUCGUAGACAAUCCGCAGUUUAUAACCGAAGGCUACUCCCGGUUCGACAUCAACCAGGGAGGGCUGGGCGACUGUUGGUUCCUAUCGUCCUGUGCCAGUCUGGCCUCGAAGCCACACCUUUUCGAGCGUGUCGUCCCGAUGGAUAAUGGGAAUUUUUCCGCUAAAGGACAGUAUGCCGGUGUGUUUCACUUCCGCUUCUGGCAUUACGGCCGGUGGGUCGACGUCGUAGUCGACGAUCAAUUACCGGUUUGUCGGGGCGACGAGCUCAUCUAUGGCCGGUCUUCGGUGGAGAACGAGUUCUGGAGUGCGCUGCUAGAGAAGGCUUACGCGAAGCUGCACGGUUCCUAUCAUGCCCUGGCAGGUGGAACGGGCCGGGAAGGAAUGGUGAAUCUAACCGGCGGAAUGGCCGAGACACAUCUGUUGAAAGGAUGGCAACCGCUCGAUUUGUUCGACCGGUUGGAACAGUGUAUGGCACGCAACACGCUCGUGACGGCCGGCAUCAACGACGUCGAAACGGAUGAUCUGCUGCAGCUGGUGAACCUCGUCAAGGGACACGAGUACUCGAUCACACGGGUGGAGCGAUUGAAUUCGCAUCAACAUAUGAUCGGUAUGGAGGACCAGGAGCCUCGCGAAAUACGCUUGAUCUGUCUGCGCAAUCCGUGGGGAUCGGGCGAGUGGAAUCGUGCCUGGAGUGACCAGUCGAGCCUGUGGGAUGAGGUGACGAGUGAGAAACGCAAUCAACUGUCCUCCGUCCGACAGGAUGGCGAGUUUUGGAUGCAUUACGAUGAGUUCGUGACCUACUUCGAUGAUCUCACCAUCUGUCACCAGUGUCCAGCUGCGGUGCUACAGGGGCAGAAGGCGUGCCAGCCGUUCGAAAUGAUAACGUUGGACGGUGAAUGGGUACGCGGUGUAUCGGCUGGUGGUUCGGACAGUGCGAGCUUUUGGCGCAAUCCUCAGUAUCUGAUUGAGCUCGGUAGCGGAAAGAAUCAAUCAACGGUUGAAAGCAACGAGAUCGAUGCGACCGGAGAUGCUACGGUUUGCGUGACGAUUGGAUUAAUGCAGAAGCACAACCAUCGCCAAGGGGUGGAGGAUUUACCUAUCCGCUUUCUCGUGUUUCCUCUUGCCCCCGAUGCUUCCGAUUGUAAGCAAUCGCUUCCGAAGAGCUUCUUCGAGACAGCUACUGCUGUCGAUGGCUGUCCGGAGCUAAAGUCUGUGCGUGAAUUGGUUAAACGGUUGCUGCUUCCGGCAGGAAAAUAUGUGAUAGUACCCCACACCUGGAAGCCGCAGUUGGGCGCCGAGUUUAUGAUGCGCAUCUUCUCGGAAGGAUCGCUUCAGGUUGAAUCGCUGGAGCAAUCGUUAGGUUGCACCACCAAUGCGGUUGAAAAAUAUUGCCCAACAAAUAAUUUGGACAACGCCACAGCAAAAGUGACGGUCCAGGAGCUCCAAAAGAAGAUACAGGCUGCAUUUGACGGCCUUACCAUCGAUGAGGAAACCUUACGCUCACUGGUGUACUGGUACGGCAACCAGUGGGACGAGGGAUGUCUACGAAGUGACGAAACGGAAGUCCUGCUACAGAACAUGACCUCGUGGGAGCUAAUUUUCCGGCAGCACUGUACCGCACCCGACGGUAAGCUGUGUACUUUCGACCUCAAGAAUGCACUAUCUGCCGGUGGUGUUCUUGUUGACACGCGUGCAUUGAGCACCAUUGUCCAGGUGCACCAGUACCGUCCCAUGGAACUCGGUACGUUCCUUGUGUGUGCGAUGGAAACUCGAGAGAUAAUUGAAUGGUGCACCAUGCGGGGCUUGGCACAACCCACCACGGCAAUGUACUUUAGGGAACUUUACGGCCGGAGGAAGCUGUUGGAUAUGUGCUUCAAGUCCAAUCUUGCGCUGGAUAUGAAAAAAUCAGAAUCAUAAAGAGGGAACGAAAUUGGGAAGAAUUUAUUUUAUUUAUUUAUUUUUUCAAUUGUAAAGGUCUUCAGAAUUGAAAAAACAUCAAUUAUAUUACUUUACAUUCUUUGCGUGUAUUAGCUAAGCCGUGAUACGACAUUAAAUGAAAGUCGACAGAAAAUGUGUAACAUUCAUAAUAAAACACUUUUUUAUCUAAUGCUAUGAAUAUGGAAAAAAUAUACGACCCUCAAGGGAC